AUGAGGACGCUGCUGCUUCUCCUGGCUCUCCUCUCCCGGGUGGCCCCAGGCAGGAGUGGGAUUUUUGACGAGAGGUGCUCCCGGAUGAAGGGCCACUGUGUGGAGCACUGUCAGAAGAGCGAAGAGCUCGUGGGCCUGUGCCACCGCUCCCUGCACUGCUGUCUGCUGCUGCAGCCGUGCGAGAAUCGGGAGCCUCUGAACCCCACCGUGCCCCAUGUCUGA